GCACAAAUCUAAUUUAAAAUCCCACGAAACUUUUCCUCUCUCUCUCCCGAUCAUCGACAACCACCACACGACAAUCGCUGCGACAUUUUCAGCGACACGAUCCCAUCAUGGUAAGCUAUGACUUGAUGUCCUUUAUAUCUGAUACUUGACGCUCUUUAUUCGCCGCCGCCUCUCUCCGACCUCUACGAGCAAUCGCACGUCGAGAUGCGUAUCCCGUCAACUGCCUUCGGGCGUUGAUGAUGAUUUGGCUUGAGCUACAUCUGCGCAGAAAUGCCAGUGUGGUCUCUUUAGAGUUCAAAGAAGAUAAUUGGUGAUCACAUUCGCUGAUGUCUUCUUUUCUCAAUGAUAGCCUCCAAAGUCCGGAAAGAAGGCUGCUCCAGCCCCAUUCCCCCAGUCGAAAGCUGGUGCGGGUGGAAAGAAAGCCCCAAAGGUACGUAGUUGCGCAUUCCCUUCGCAAUUUUUCAGAUGCUUACUUGGUGCCAGAACCCUCUCAUCGAGAAGCGCACCCGAAACUAUGGCAUCGGUCAAGACAUCCAGCCUAGACGAAAUCUCUCUCGUAUGGUGAAGUGGCCCGAGUAUGUCCGUCUUCAACGCCAAAAGAAGAUCUUGAACAUGCGCCUCAAGGUCCCACCUGCGAUUGCUCAAUUCCAAAACGUCCUCGACCGCAACACCGCCGCCCAGGCAUUCAAACUCCUCAACAAGUACCGCCCCGAGUCAAAGGCCGAGAAGAAGGAGCGUCUCGUCAAGGAGGCCACCGCCAUCAAGGAGGGUAAGAAGAAGGAGGAUGUUUCCAAGAAGCCAUAUGCCGUUAAGUACGGUCUCAACCACGUUGUUGGCUUGAUUGAGAACAAGAAGGCUGCUUUGGUCCUCAUCCCCAACGAUGUUGACCCAAUUGAGUUGGUUAUCUUCCUUCCAGCUCUUUGCAAGAAGAUGGGUAUCCCAUAUGCCAUCAUCAAGGGUAAAGCCAGACUCGGCACAGUCGUCCACAAGAAGACUGCUGCUGUCCUCGCCAUCUCCGAGGUCCGAUCUGAGGACAAGAGCGAAUUCUCAAAGUUGGUUUCCGCCAUCAAGGAGGGUUACAGUGACAAGUUUGAGGAGGCCAAGAGACACUGGGGUGGUGGUAUCAUGGGUGCUAAGGCCAACGCACGCACUGAGAAGAAGCGCAAGGCUCUUGAGAGUGCUAUCAAGAUCUAAGGGAUGGGAUGUAUUCUUGAUUGGGCUUUUACCGGCGUUUUUUACGAUAUCAUGGCAUUGCGAGG